AUGGGUGCGGUCGACUACGGCAAUGUCAUACUCAUACCGCAGGGCACAGCGUAUGGCCUACUCAUCGGCCUCGCCGUGCUCUUCUGCGCUGUUAUCUUGAUCGCGGUCAAAUUACAAAAGGUCUACCUUGAGGAAGAUUCGGGCAAAUCAGAGAUGUUCAUGGUCGCCAAUCGUACAGUGGGAACUGGUUUAACGGCGUCGGCGGUGUUUUCGUCGUGGAUGUGGAUUAACGAGACCGUAAAUUCGGCUCUCAAUUGCUAUCGGUUUGGCCUUUCUGCCCCAAUGUGGUAUGGAUCAGCCCUCUGCUUCCAAAUCGCCCUGAUGGCCGUAAUGGGCGUUCUGUCCAAGAUCCGUGUACCCUACGCACACACUUCGCUCGAAAUCGUACGCAUGCGGUACGGUCAUAUAGGGCAUAUUGCUUUUAUAUGCUUGAACCUGAUUCAGAACAUUUUUGGAUGCUCCAGCAUGAUCCUGACCGGCUCGCAAUUGAUCCAUGGCAUUUCGGGAAUGCACUUUGCGGCGGCAACCAUUCUCGUGCCAUUGGGAGUGGUGCUAUAUACGGCCGUUGGAGGUCUGAAAGCCACCUUCCUGACAGACUUCUUCCACACGGCUAUCGCGCUUGUCCUGAUCCUCUGGUUUACCUUUGGUGUCCUUGUUCAUGAACAGAUUGGCGGACUAUACGGACUUUACGACAAAGUGAUGGCUCUUGAAGAUCGCGUGAGCGGCAAUUAUGCUGGCUCGCUGUUGACGAUGAAAUCCAAGGGUGGUAUCAUGUUCGGUCUUGAUCUGGCAUUCGGAAAUCUUGCUCUUGUCGUCAUGGACACCGCAUUCUGGCAAAAGUCCUUUGCAACUGAAGUCAAGGCUACAGUCCCCGGAUAUAACUUGGCAGCACUGUGCAUCUUCGGCGUCCCCUGGGCCCUAGGCACCGUUAUCGGCCUAUCCUGCCGCGUCAUUCAUACUCUUCCCGUCUUCCCGACCUAUCCCAAUCCGUUUACGCAAGACCAAGUACUCACUGGCUUCGUGAUGCCCUACACCAUCAAAGCUCUACUGGGCAGUGGCGGUGUGGUGGGCUUUUUCCUGUUGAUGUUCAUGGCCCUGACUAGUACUGUUUCCUCGUCGAUGAUUGCGGUCAGCAGUAUUCUCUCCUUCGACGUGUACAAGACAUACAUCAGUCCAAAAGCUACCGAUAAACGAGUGGUUAGCGUUAGCCAUCUGGCCGUGUGCUUCCACGGCGUCUUCAUCGCCGGCUUCUCCCUCGCGCUUAACUACGGCGGUGCCAACAUGAACUGGAUUAAUUACUUUGUCCCAAUGUUGACAUGUCCUGGCAUUAUGCCGCUCAUCUUUACCCUGACUUGGUCCCGCCAGACACGGCUCGCCGCAGUGGUUGCUCCACUUCUAGGUAUGGGUUCCGGGAUAGCAGUCUGGCUAGGAGCGACGUAUUCGAUGUACGGCGUCCUCAACAUGGAUACAACGCAGGAGCAAGCGCCGGCUAUUUACGGUGCUAUAACCGCGCUGUUCUCUCCAGCGCUAUACUCUGUCCUCAUCUCGUUCUACAAACCUUACGUCUUCGACUGGCGCAAUUUCCUCCGCAUCGAACUCAACGAACAAUCCGUUUCUCCUCCAUCCUCAUCACCCAACGAAACCGAAUCAGAACGAGAGUCCUCCGAAAACGACAAGAAACAACCCAUAGCAUCAACAACACCCACCACAGACCUCGACAACGUCUCAUCCCCCUUCGACGCCGAAACCCUCCGCCACUUGCACCGCUGGUACCGCAUCGCAUGGAUCACGUUUAUCAGCAUCCUGCUGCUAACAUGGGUGCUGUGGCCACUGCCGCUGUACCGCAACUGGAUCUUCAACAAGCCGUUCUUUGCAGGCUGGGUUACUGUUGCAAUUAUCUGGCAGUUUAUUGCGUUUGCGGGUGUUGUUGUUUUCCCAUUGUACGAUGGGCGGCAUGCUAUUGCGAAGGGAUUCCGGGGGUUGAGGGGGAGUAUUCAGUCUGCUUUGGGGAAAUAA